GCGUCGCGGUGCCGCGCGCAACCAGCGAUGGGGUCGCAAUUAUCGGGGGAAAAGGAGCGCCUCACGCAGGGAGCUCCGCUUUCGCAUGAGGAUUCGGCGCACGAGCAGUUUGAGAAGACUCACGGGCCGCACGGCCAGAAGCUGACGCUGCUGCCGCUCAUCGCGCUCAUCUUCUUCGAGGUGUCCGGCGGGCCAUACGGCGUGGAGGACGCCGUGAAGUACGGCGGGCCUCUGCUUGCCAUCCUAGGCUUCACCGUCUUCCCCCUCAUCUGGAGCGUGCCAGAGGCCCUGACCACCGCAGAGCUAGGAACAGCCUUCCCGGAGAACGGGGGCUACGUGGUGUGGGUGUCAGCGGCGUUUGGCCCCUUCUGGGGCUUCCAGGAGGGGUGGUGGAAGUGGCUGAGUGGCGUGAUAGACAACUCGCUCUACCCGCUGCUCUUCCUCGACUACUUGAAGCGCGAGCUCCCUGUGUUUGGCGGAGGCCUGCCUCGCAUGGCGGCACUGCUUGCCAUGACUCUGGUGCUGACGUACGUGAACUACCGCGGGCUGACGAUAGUGGGCGCCACUGCCAUCGCGCUGGCAGUGUUCGGGCUGCUGCCCUUUGUGGUGAUGGCGCUGCUCGCCAUCCCCAAGAUCCAACCCGCCCGCUGGCUGGUGGUGGAUCUGAACCGCGUGCAGUGGCGGGGGUACUUCAACACACUCUUCUGGAACCUCAACUACUGGGACUCCGUCAGCACGCUAGCAGGCGAAAUAGAGGAGCCGAAGCGCACCUUCCCGCGGGCGCUGAUGGGGGCGGUGGUGCUGGUGGUGGUGUCGUACCUCGUGCCCCUGCUCGCAGGCACAGGCGCCGUGCCAUUCUCCCCGGACGGCUGGGACGACGGGUAUCUGGCCGUGGUGGGUCGCGUCAUCGGGGGCGGCUGGCUCGCCUGGUGGAUUGCGUGUGCCGCUGCGCUGUCCAACAUGGGCGCAUUUGAGGCGGAGAUGAGCAGCGACGCGUUUCAGCUGCUGGGGAUGGCGGAGCGAGGCCUGCUGCCCGAGGUCUUCACGUACCGGUCGCGGCACGGCACGCCCGUGCUGGGCAUCGUGUGCAGCGCCACGGGCAUCGUGCUGCUGUCGUGGAUGAGCUUUCAGGAGAUCGUCGAGUUCCUCAACUUCCUCUACUGCUUCGGCAUGCUGCUUGAGUUUGCCGCCUUUGUGGCGCUCCGGGUCACGCAGCCUGACCUGAACCGGCCGUACAGGGUCCCCGUGGACACCAUGGGAGCAGCGCUGCUGUGCCUGCCGCCCUCCCUGCUGCUCGUUCUCGUCAUGGCCCUCGCGUCCUGGCAGACAGUCAUUGUCAGCUCCAUAGCAGCCUUGCUGGGUCUGCUGCUCCCGCUGCUCAUGAUGGGACCUUCAAUCCGAAAAUCUUACCCACCCCUUCUUGCUUACUCCUCCAUGCACCUUGCCGCCCCCCUGCCCCAUCCUCCUGCCAGCUCCAUAGCAGCUGUGGUGGGGCUGCUGAUGUACCCGCUGCUCAUGUGGGCGAAGCACCACGGCGUGCUCAAGUUCACUCAGGACCCGGGCCUGCCAGACGUGGCUCUCAUGGACGAGGAUGACGGCAGUGAGGGCGAGGGCGGGUUUGAUGGGGCGGCAGGCAAGGGAGGGAUGGGGAAGGAGGACGGUGGGGCUGGUGUGUGGGAUGGGGUUGAUGGGGAUGGUGCUGUGGCUGACAGUGAGAAUGGGUUGCUGCUGGGGAAGGAGGGGAGGGAGAAGGGGAGCAGCAAGUCUGAUGGAUCGCUGCGAGCAGGUGCAGGUGAUGCGGUGCUCUCGGCAUGUGAGGGACAGUCGCCUCCUGUCUUGGUGGGAUCGUUGCCUAGUGAUGGGCUGCUUGCGCACCAAGAUGGGCUGUCUGGAGGUGGAGCGAAUGCAAGCCAAGAGCAACAAGGUGGAGUUAAAUCUGAGGCAGCUUCCGAAUCGGACAGCAUGCUGCUGUUGGGAGAUUCUGGAGGUCGCAGAUAG